GUCCAGGCCACCGACGAAGAGGAGGAGAGACCGGAUACGGUGCGUCGCUGGUGGCUCCGGCGGUUGGACCACGGGCGGCGGCGGCGGCGGUUACGAGUCGAACUCGGAUUGCGUGGUUUCUACGCGACGGGGUUUCGGGGGUCGAUCUAUAUCAGCCGGGCUGCGCACUUUUUCUUCGAUCCGACGAGCAAGCCGCCUCCUUGAUUGAUCACGCGCGAGGUUCUCCCGGCGACCUAACAACCCGGCGACGGCGAGCAAAGAAUCCGGCGAGCUUCUCUCCUUUUUUUCCGAUCAUUUGAAUUUUAGCAUCGCAAUUGUUCUAGUAUUACUUGUUUUGUCUGUGCAAUCACUUGGUCUCUCUGUUCUUUGCUGCGCUCUUUGUUUUGCAGAGAUGGCUAGCCAUGUCGCUGCGACUCUGCCGCCGCUGUUACCUACCCCGGCGCGCUGCCUCCUCCUGACGCCUCCUUCGGCGGUGUACACGGCUCGUGUAGAGCUGGACACCAAGAAGCAGCAGCCUGGACGUGCCUCUAUGAGCCGAAGCUGGAUCAGAGACAAGAUCGACCUUCCCGGACGUGCUUUCCGGAGCUCCAGCUGGCUCACUGACAAGACGCUCCGCCGUGUCGGGACUUUGAACGGCGGCGUCGAGCGCUUCGGCCGCGGGGAGAUGCCGAGGGAGAACUGGAAAAGGCCGGCGAACCGUACGCCAUCAGUCGACCGGUGCGAGAAGAAGCUGAGGCCUCCGACCGAGAUAGUGGCAGCCUCGGAGGCAUCACUCCUCGUCGGCCCGGCGCCGUCAGUCGGCCGGUUCGAGAAGAAGGAGACGCCUAUGACUGAGAUGGUGGCAGACUCGGUGGUGGCAUCCUUCGAUGGCCCUGCUCCGUCGAUCGACCUGUCGGAGAAGAAAGCAGAGCCUACGACUGAGAUGGUGGCAGACUCGGAGGCGACACUCUUUGUUGGUCCUGUGACGUCGGAGAAGAAGCCGACCCCUCCUACCGUGGUGGCACCCUUCGCUGGCCUCGCUCCGUUGAUGGACCGGCCCGAGAAGAAGCCGAAGGCUCUGGCUAAGAUGGAGGUGGACUCGGAGGCAUCCUUGUUCGCUGGCCCGACAUUCAUGGUGUCGCCGGACCCGAGCGAGCUGCCCAUGCCGACCUUCAUCAUGUCGCCGGACCCGAGCGAGCUGCCCAUGCCAACCUUCCUCUAUAAGCACAAGGUGGCUAAAGUGUUAGCUAGACUAGUCGCUCCGAUGCUCAUUGAUCAGCAAGAAGAUUGAAGCCACUUUCAGUAUGUAGUAGCUAGGUGGAGUAUACUGAUCAGCAAGAUUGAAGCUGUUUUCAGUAUGUAAC